AGGCGGCGGGGUCGGUGCGCAUGCGUAGAGGGCGGGCAGGGUCCCGGUUCCCGUCCCCGUCCCGGGGGUCCCGUCGGGAUGGCGGGGCCGGGAUUCGGGCCUGUUAAUGCGGCCGCAUUGCUGCGAGCCGCCCCGUGAGAGCCGCCCCUCGCUACCUAAAGCCGCCAGGCCGCGUUGCCCCCUCACCGGCGGCACGGAGUGCGGUGCUGGCUGUCUCCCUCAGAGCAGCGGCCAUGAGGGUUAACCAGGACAUGGUGCUGCGGGGCAAGAAGGUGACGCUGGUGCCCUACACGGCUGCGCACGUGCCGCGGUACCACGAGUGGAUGCAGUCGGAGGAGCUGCAGCGCCUGACGGCCUCGGAGCCCCUCAGCCUGGAGCAGGAGUACGAAAUGCAGCGCAGCUGGAGGGAGGACGCUGACAAGUGCACCUUCAUCGUGCUGGACUCGGAGCGCUGGCCUGGGCAGGAGGAGGAGAGCUCCAUGGUUGGGGAUGUGAAUCUCUUCCUCACCAACGCCGAGGACCCCACCCUGGGCGAGAUUGAAAUCAUGAUUGCAGAGCCCAGCUGCCGUGGCAGAGGGUUUGGCAAGGAGGCAACUCUGCUGAUGAUGGCCUAUGGAGUGAGAAAACUGGGGAUCACCAAGUUUGAGGCUAAGAUUGGUCAGGAAAAUGAAGCCAGUAUCUGCAUGUUCAAAAAGCUUCACUUUAAGGAGGUUGCUGUGAACAGCAUUUUCCAGGAGGUGACGCUGAGGCUGGAUGUCAGUGAGCAGGAGAGACAGUGGCUCCUGGAGCAGACAAACCACGUGGAGGAGAAGAGUUAUGCUGAACUGAAGCAGCCAGCUGGGGUGCUGGACACCUGACAGACACCCCCAGACACCAGCUGGGUUUCCAGGGAGAAGUUGGACUUUGUUGCAAGGUCUGGGUGUGGAGAACACCAGAGAGCCAGCACUGGAAUUUUUCUGUUCUCCAACAGCUGAACUCUUCUUCAGCUGCUUUGUCAUCUUGUCAACUUUGCACUUUGCUCCACCAGCCAGGAUUACUGCCUGAAAUUUGAACCUGGGGAACAGCCACUAACUCACAGGUUUGGCUAGGAAUUGCUCUUUUAUUUGCUGUUCCAACAGAGCUUAAAAUCACCAGCAGUUGAUUCCUGGACAAGCAGAAACUUCUCCCACUGCUCUUAAAUCCAGAUUCAUCAGUGAGGAGGUUUCAUAUACUGGCAGCUCAUUCUUUUUUACUCUUGAAUUAAUAAAAAAUAUCACAAAAAUCUGAGGUUCCUGAGCA